AUGAGCACCAUACCCAUUGGACAUUUAUAUGGGUUCAAUACGACAGAGCAUACGAUAGAAAACGAAUCAAGAUGCUACUCAAACCUAGGAUGUGUUAGUUACGGCCCUGAGUGGUAUCACAAACUAUAUCGUCCUGUAAACGAAUUUCCACUAGCUAGGCACACGGUCAACACCCAGUUCUUGCUAUAUAGCCAGCUAGAGGGCCCAUAUGAGGGCCCUAAGGAGAAGCAGCCCUUGCUGAUCGAAGUGGUGUCGGCAGUCCCUUCUACUGUUAACAUUUCUGCUUAUGUCACCGGCAUGCCAGUCAGAAUGAUAAUACACGAUUUUACCAGUAGUGGUUUUACGGGUUGGAUUAAGCAUUUAGCCCAUGCAUUAAUCGACGUACCAAAUUCAGGAAAUGUAAUAUCUGUUAACUGGGAAGAGGGUGCUGAACCACCGUAUACUCAAGCCAUAGGUAAUGCUCGACUUGUAGCAUUGGAAAUUAUACAUUUUGUGGAAAUGCUACACGAUCACUAUGGACUCGAAUUUCCACAUCUGCAUAUAAUAGGCCAUGGAGUUGGUGCUCAUAUAGCUGGUUAUGUUGGCAAAGCUAUAGGAAAAAUCACUGGUCUUGAUCCCAACGGACCUUAUUUCGAAAGAAUGCCAAAAAAUGUCAGAUUGGAUAUAGGCGACGCUGCUUAUGUAGAAGUUAUACAUACAGAUGCGGAACCCAAUGGCCAAGGUAUUAUGGAAGCCAUCGGCCAUGUCGAUUUUUAUCCGAACAACGGUUAUUCCCAACCUGGAUGCAACGUGUCUAAAAAAUAUCCACAUCUCUUGGAACUGACGAGGGAUUCUCUAAAAGAAGGAGAGAUAUAUCCGGGAUGUUCACACAAACGAUCAUUUAACUAG